UGGAAACUCAAAAGUAGGUAUCAAUCAUAAUUUCUUAUACGAGAGGAGGUUGCUACAAUUGUUUAGAGUUUUUUAAUGGAAAUAAAAAAAAUCAGUGAGGCCUUCUAGGGUUUGACUGGCAAAAGCGGCUGCGAUUCUUGCUCGGCGUGAAAUCACCACCUCCUCCGGCCGCCUUCCGUUGAUUUGUCUCCUUUUCCGAUCUGCAAUCACUGCCGCGUUUCUUUGGUCUGCUGGGGGCUGGAUAGAGAGAGAAGGGUGAAGCUUAUGUGGAUUGCGGGGGAGCUGGCGGAUAUUUACUAUUUAGGGCUACGGGUUUCCGGAACAUAAAAUCGAAUCCUUAUAUUAGAGGUUCCCUCUAUGCAAACCGGGGGCGGAGCCGUUGGGCGAGGGCGGGGGCCGACGGUGGCUCCGGCACCGCCUGGUCCGUCUCCCUCAUCGGCGACCGCGUCUCCUUCGUCGUCUUCAUCUGCGGUAUCUGCUCCGAGGCAUCUAGGGUUUGAGUCACUACAGCAGCAGCAGCUUGCGCUGAGGCAGCAGCAGCAGCAGCGGCAGCAGCUACCACAAGUAAGGAAACCUGAACAAGAGCAUCGUUUAACUUAUAACUUAGGUGCCAUGCAUGGAGUCAUUGGUGAUGAUAACUUCCCGUCAUCAUCUGGUGUACCUGCAUCAAAAUUUUCUAGAAACUUGCCUCAUGACACCACAAGGCAGCUUCUCGAAAAAAAGCAAAUUGGGCAUGCCCUAGAACAGCCACAAAACUCAAUAAACCAAGCUUAUGCCCAGUUUACCAUGCAAGCUGGUCAACAGCAGCAGAGAGCACAUGGCAACGUUCCAGUGCAACAAAAUGAAUUUGGCAUGAUGGGACCACCGACUGGUGGCCAAGAGGUACUAGCCGGAAAUCUAAAAAUGCAGGAAGUAAUGCAUGUUAAAACAGGAAACCAAACACAACUUUUGAGGUUUAGUAAUUCAUCUGAUCAUACCGGAUGUGGUGAGAAACAGAAUGAACAGGACCAUCUGUGUGAUGGUCAGAAGAAUGAGCCAAUGGCUCCAAAAACUACAACUGGACAGUUUACUCCAACAAACAUGAUUAGGCCAAUUCAAUCGCUGCAAUCACAAGGAAGCAUGAGAAACAUUGCAAAUCAGCAGUUGAUGAUGGCUCAGUUGCAAGCUAUGCAAACAUGGGCGAUGGACCACAAUAUUGAUCUUACGCAUCCUGCCAAUGCUAAUCUGAUAGCUCAGUUUCUUCCCAUUUUGCAGUCAAAUAGGUUGACUGAAAUGCCGAAACCAAAUGUCAGAAGCACUCUUGCACAACAAUCAAGUUUGUCGACAUUGAAGCCACAGGCUAUUUCAUCACCUGUUGUCAAUGAAAAUUCCGCUCAAGGAAAUUCAAUAAAUAAUCUAUCUGGUCCAGUUGGGCUGGUGAGAUGUGGUGUGGGUACCAAUCUACCGAAUUCCAAGAAUAUGCAUAUGCAGCAGCCUCAACCUGUUCAGACCCGUGUUACUCAAAACGAGAAGGGUGAUGUAGUAGCAACUGGUGGUUCUGGAUCAGUGGUGCAUCUGCCACAGGGUUCUACGAGUUCAAGCCAAUGUUUUGAUCUUUCAAAUGAAAAUAAAUUAGCUGCAACCAAUUUAUCUCAAAUGCCUUCUUUUAGGAAGUCUCAGAACAUUGGACAUCCAAGUCCACAGUCUGCAUUGCUAUCAAGUGAAGUUGCAGGGAUUCAUGUGCUUGCCAGAGGAGGGUCAAGGCAGACCACACAGCAACUUGUUGGAUUUACUAAGCAACAACUUCUUGUUCUUAAAGCACAAAUAUUUGCUUUUAGGCGACUCAAGCGUGGAGAAAAUGCUCUUCCGCCCGAACUUAUUCAAUCAAUUGUACCGCCUCCUCUUGAUUCAGACUCUCAGGUUCCUCUACUUUCUCCGAAGAUGACUAAACAGGAAAACUUUAUGAAACAAGAUGCAGUGGAGCAUGAAAGGCAUCCUGAUCAUAUCAACAUACCCCAGCAUGCUAUACUGAGUAAAGGUCACAUUCUUCCAAAGAAGCUGCCUGUUGGCGAGGAGAAAGCACCAGUGAUAACUCCCCUGCCGCUAGAAGUGGUAGCACCAAAGGAAGAUGCAGGAGCUGUUAAUAAUGGGAAGAUACCAGAGAUUUACCCUGUUUCUGUAAAGGCUGAGCAAGAUGUUGAUCAUGACAGUUCUUUCAAGGGUGAGAGUGAUGCUGACAAGGGAAAAUCUGUUCCUUCGACUAGUUCUUCAGUGGAUGUUGGGCAUGAAAAGAAGCUUACCACAGCACCAUCAAAUGUCAAAAAGUAUUAUGGUCCACUUUUUGAUUUGCCUUUCUAUACAAGAAAAUAUGAACUUUUGGGACUGACAACGUCAAUCAACUCGAACAAUUUUACAUUAUCCUAUGACAUAAAUGAAUUGCUUUAUGAGGAAGGCAAGGAAGUGCUAAAAAAAAAAGGGACCGUGUACAUGAAAAAACUUUGUAAUUUGCUUGCCUUUAACUUGGAGAGGAAAACAAUUAAACCUGAUCUUGUCUUGAGGCUACAAAUUGAGGAGAAAAAGCUUCGUCUGUUAGAUAUUCAGUCUCGCCUCAGGGAUGAAGUGGAUGAACAACAGCAGGAGAUAAUGGCCAUGCCUGACAGGCCAUACCGGAAAUUUGUUAGACAGUGCGAGCGCCAACGGUUAGAACUUAUUAGGCAAGUGCAGCAGUUACAGAAGGUGACAAGGGAGAAACAACUAAAGUCCAUCUUCAAAUGGCGCAAGAAGCUCCUUGAAACUCAUUGGGCUAUCCGGGAUGUACGAACUACUCUUAAUAGGGGCAUAGCUAAGUAUCAUGAGAAAAUGUUAAGGGAGUUCUCCAAGCGGAAGGAUGAUAAUCGCAGUAAAAGAUUUGAGGCAUUAAAAAACAAUGAUGUCGAUAGAUAUAGAGAAAUGCUUCUUGAGCAACAAACAAGUAUUCCUGGAGAUGCAGCUCAAAGGUAUGCUGUCCUGUCAUCCUUCUUAUCGCAGACAGAAGAGUAUCUUCACAAACUUGGUACCAAGAUAACAACAUCAAAGAAGCAACGAGGUGUAGAAGAGGCAGCAAAUGUUGCUGCUGCUGCUGCACGAUCCCAGGGCCUUUCAGAAGAAGAAGUUAAAGCUGCUGCAGCUUGUGCUCGAGAGGAGGUACUGAUUAGGAACACAUUCUCUGAGAUGAAUGCACUGAGAGAUGGCUCAUCGGUUAACAAGUACUAUAAUCUGGCACAUGCUGUCAAUGAAAAAGUUGUCAGACAACCAUCAAUGUUAAGAGCUGGAACCUUGAGGGACUAUCAACUUAUUGGGCUUCAAUGGAUGCUUUCCUUGUACAACAACAAGUUAAAUGGUAUUCUAGCAGAUGAGAUGGGUCUUGGAAAAACUGUACAGGUCAUGGCAUUGGUUGCUUAUUUAAUGGAAUUCAAAGGAAAUUAUGGGCCUCAUCUCAUUAUAGUUCCAAAUGCUGUCUUAGUGAAUUGGAAGAGUGAACUUCACAAUUGGCUGCCAUCUGUAUCAUGUAUUUUCUAUGUUGGCUCAAAGGAGGAGCGAUUAAGACUGUUCACUCAUGAGGUUUGUGCUAUGAAAUAUAAUAUACUUGUGACUACCUAUGAGUUUAUCAUGUAUGAUCGGUCCAAGUUAUCAAGAAUUGAUUGGAAGUAUAUUAUUAUUGAUGAAGCCCAACGUAUGAAGAACAGAGAGUCUGUUUUAGCUCGGGAUCUUGAUAGGUAUCGUUGCCAAAGAAGAUUGUUGCUUACUGGCACACCUUUACAGAAUGAUUUGAAGGAACUUUGGUCACUUUUAAAUCUACUACUACCAGAAGUAUUUGACAAUCGAAAAGCAUUUCAUGAUUGGUUUUCAAAGCCCUUUCAGAAAGAUGGCCCAUCACAUAACCAACUGGAGGAUGAUUGGCUUGAAACUGAAAAGAAGGUGAUUGUCAUCCACAGGCUUCAUCAAAUUCUGGAACCUUUCAUGCUUAGGCGACGUGUUGAAGAUGUGGAGGGGUCACUUCCUCCCAAGGUCUCAAUUGUUUUGAGGUGUAGAAUGUCAGCUUUACAGGGUGCCAUAUAUGACUGGAUUAAAUCAACUGGUACCAUUAGGGUAGACCCUGAUGAUGAGUUACGGAAGGCUGAGAAGAAUCCAAACUACCAGAUUAAGAUGUAUAAGAAUCUUAAUAACAAAUGCAUGGAGUUGCGGAAAGCUUGUAAUCAUCCUCUGCUCAACUACCCUUAUUUCAAUGAUUAUUCAAAAGAGUUUCUUAUUAGAUCAUGCGGGAAACUCUGGAUACUUGAUAGGAUUCUCCUAAAACUACAUAAAACAGGGCAUCGUGUUCUUCUUUUUAGUACCAUGACCAAACUCCUUGAUAUUCUAGAGGAAUAUUUACAAUGGCGUCGACUUGUCUAUAGAAGAAUUGAUGGAACAACUAGCUUAGAAGACCGUGAAUCAGCUAUUAUUGAUUUUAAUAGCCCUGUUUCUGAUAGUUUUAUCUUCUUGCUUAGCAUUCGUGCUGCAGGAAGAGGUUUGAAUCUCCAAACUGCAGACACAGUUAUUAUUUAUGAUCCGGACCCAAAUCCUCAGAAUGAAGAACAAGCAGUAGCUAGAGCUCAUCGCAUAGGCCAAAAGAGGGAGGUCAAAGUUAUAUAUAUGGAAGCAGUUGUUGACAAUAUUUCAAGCUAUCAAAAAGAGGAUGAGUUAAGAAAUGGUGGAAGUGGAGAUUCAGAAGUUGAUCUUGCUGGUAAACAUCGGUACAUGGGUUCAAUUGAAAGCCUUAUACGAAAUAACAUUCAACAGUAUAAAAUUGACAUGGCAGAUGAGGUUAUAAAUGCUGGUCGUUUUGAUCAGAGGACAACACAUGAAGAAAGGAGAAUGACUUUGGAGACAUUGUUGCAUGAUGAAGAAAGAUAUCAAGAAACAGUCCAUGAUGUUCCAUCCCUCUUGGAGGUAAACCGUAUGAUAGCUCGUAGUGAAGACGAAGUUGAGCUAUUUGGUCAAAUGGAUGAGGAGCUUGAUUGGGCAGGAGAGAUGACAAAGCACAAUCAGGUUCCAUUGUGGCUACGGGCUGGCUCUAAGGAACUAAAUGCUUUUAUUGCAAAACUAAAUAAGAGGCCAUCAAAGAACAUCUUAGGCAGUGUUGUUGACUUGGAGUCUAGUGAGAUGAUACCUGGUUCAUCCCUUAGCAAAAUAGAGAGAAAAAGGGGACGGCCAAAAGGUGUGAUAACACAAAAAUAUUCGUCUUAUGUGGAAUUUGAUGAUGAAGAUGGAGAAGAUUUUGAUGCUAGCUCAGAGGAAGGGAAUGAGUAUUCAUUACGAGAGGAAGAUAGAGAAAUAGGAUAUAUUGAAGAUGAAGAUUUAAGCGGUGCUGCUGUUUUACAAGGAAACAUCAAAGAUCCUUUGGAAGAUGAAGAAUUAGUUUGUGAUGGUGCUGGUUAUGAAUUCCCAGAUGCUACAGAGGGAAGCAGACAUACUCAUAUCUGUGAGGAAGCUGGCUCCACCGGAUCUUCUUUUGGAAACAGAAGAGUGCAGCAGCAUAUUACCCCUUCCAUGUCUCUACGAAAAUUUGGAUCUCUUUCUGAAUUAGAUGCUCGGCCAGGCGUUAUUUCGUCGAAGCUAAAUGAGCUGGAGGAAGGUGAAAUUGCUGUAUCUGGCGAUUCUUACAUAGACAUUCAACAGUCUGGUAGUUGGAAUCAUGAUCAUGAUGAGGGUGAUGAUGAGCAGGUCAUACAACCUAAAUUAAAACGCAAACGCAGUAAGCGCUUUCGCCCUAAGCAUACUGUAGAAAGAUCGGAAGAAAAGUCCAGUAUGUAUAGAACUUUUUCUCGACAUGGCUCUCAGCCUCUUUCAUAUGUUCAUCAUGAUAAUGUAACGCUUUCAAGGAUGGAUGGAAGGAUUGGUAAAUUGAAUGGCAAACCACCCUCAUCUUUGAAGCAGAUUACUAACUUUCCAACAAGAAGGGCUCCAAUUAUCAAUAAACAUAAAUAUGGAGGGUCUAGUUACUUAAUUGGAUGUGAAGAAGAUGCUCUGGAUCAUUCUAGGGAGAGUUGGGAUGGCCAGGCUAGAUAUGACACCGGCCCUGGCCUUAUCAGAAAAAAAAUGUCUGACAGCAUGCAGAGGAAGUGCAAGAAUGUAAUUAGCAAGUUACAGAGGAAGAUAGAUAAAGAAGGUUUUCAAAUUGUACCUCUGUUAUAUGAUUUAUUGAAGAAAAAUCAUACGUCAAACCCCACAAGCAAAUUUUCCAAGAUGAGCAACCCUUUUAAUUUGUGGAUUAUUGAUCAGCGAGUGGAGAGUUUAGAGUAUGCUGAAGUGGCAGACUUCGUCACUGACGUGCAAUCAAUGUUAAAAAAUGUAGUUCAGUUUUGCAAACACUCACAAGAGGCGAAAUAUGAAGCAAGAAAACUCCAAGAUAUCUUUUUCCAUAUCAUGAAGAUAGCUUUCCCAGAUAAAGAUUUUAGGGAGGCAAAGAUGGCACUCACUUUCUCAAGUCCAGGUGAGGGUGGAAAAGCUGCCAAACAGAGCAUGAGGGCAUGCAGCAUAAACCCUAAACUACAAAAUAUGGUUAGAGAGGAUGGAGAGCCCAGCCCUGUUAAGCCUGCAAGUCAAACACCAAAUUUCAAAUCCAAUCCAUUGAGGUUUGAGAAGGAUACAAGGCCAAGAAGCACUGGAAGCAGCUUAGAGCAGAGUGGGCCAUUACUAACUCACCCUGGUGACCUUGUUAUCUGCAAAAAGAAGAGGAAGGACAGGGACAAAUCAUCGGUCAGGCCAAAGAUGAGCUCGCUAUCGCCGGUAAAUCCAAGUCAGGCACUAUUGCCAGUUGGCACAAAUCACGGUGUCAGGUCACCAGUCAUGAAAGAUUUCGGGCGAGUCUUUCCUGCUGCUGGGCUACAGAGAGGUGGUGGUGGAGUUGGUGCUUCCAGCAUAGAAGAGUUGCAAUGGGCCAGACCUGUGAAAAGAGUGAGAACUGAUACUGGGAGGAGGCGGCCAAUACACUUGUAGUCUAGUUUGUAGAUUAUUUUGUUUGUAAAUAAACAUAUAUAGUACAUGAUUUCUGUAACAGGAAGGGCGAAGAUAUAACUCUUUGCAUGCGUUUACCUUCUUUCGUAGCUCCUUGGUGCAUUAGAAUUUUGUACAUGUUCGAGUAGGGAAAAAGAUCAAUCUGAGAAGCUUUUCCUUUCAUCAUUACGUGCAAUGUACAAAUUAGAGUAUAAGAAUUAGGAUCUAUUCACUAUUUAGAGCAAAAUUUUCACAGUUUUGUAUUUCAUAAAACAGUCAUGGUUCUAUUUGGAA